AUGGGACCUAUUUUAUAUAUAUUAUACAUAUCUCGACCAUAUCAUGUGAUAGCUAACCAUCUUCCCUCUGCUCAUGGAUAUGCCGAUGAUACACAACUUUAUCUGUCGUUUGAACCUAAUGGCAGAUCUUCGCAAGACCACGCCAUAGCUCCUGUAGAGGCCUGCAUCUCAGAUGUCCGUGCAUAGUUGAUUUAUUACCGUCUGUUAAUCAACGAUUCGAAAACUGAGUUCUUAGUUGGUGGUUCCCGCCAUCAAUUAUCAAAAAUCGCAAUUGAUUCCAUCACCGUCGGUGAUUCUACCAUCCAGCCUCUCGACAGUGUUCAAAACUAGGGUUCCUGGUUUGACUCCAAUAUGUCUAUGUACAUUCACAUUGGUAAGAUCUGCAAGGCUUUUCAUGGCUUGUAUAAAAUUCGCCAAAUUAGGAAAUUCCUUAGUCCUGAGUCCACGAAGACUCUUGUUCACGCAUAUGUGACUUGACAUUUGAACUACUAUAACUCUCUUCUCUUUGGUGUCCCCAAGUACCAGACAGAUCGUCUUCAGAAGGUGUUUAACGCCGCUGCUCGAUCAAUCUUUAGGAUUCCAAAGUUUGAUCACAUUUUGUCCGCCUUAUCUCAUCUUCACUGGCUUCCUGUGACUUAUCGCGUUCAUUUUUUAAAAGUUGUUACUCUUAGUUUAUAAAUCUCUCAACAGUCAAGGCCCACAAUACAUUCAACAAUAUCUGCAGCCACACUCCAUUUCUGGUCAUCACCCACGUUCCUGUGACCAGGGCCUUCUUAAGAUCCUAAGAACUAAUUUUAAGACCUUCGGUGAUUACGCCUUUGCCCGUUCCGGGCCACUUCUGUGGAACAAACUGCCGCUUGAAAUACGAAACAGUCAGAGUGUAGCCAUUUUUAAGUCCAAGCUUAAGACACAUCUGUUCAAGCUGGCUUAUAACUUGUUUUAA